AUGGGAGACCCAGUCGGUAUCGCCUCACUAGGCAUCCAAGUGUGCCAUGGUCUAUUGCAGUACUACAAAACGUGGAAAGACUACAAAGAUGAUAUAGAAGCAACAUAUGAACGCAUUGAGAGCUUUGAGCAGACUCUUUUACUGCUAUGCAACACGAUCAAUCAGCGAGGUCCUUCGCCGGAUCUACUAAAUCAAGUCGCUGAUUGCAUUCAAGCAUGCAGGGACGGCAUUGCGAGACUGAGUGCAAAGUUUGAGAAAAUCAAAGAGCGCACGCCAGAUGAAUCUGCUAUGAACAUUCUUCGACGGCAAAUCCACUUUCAAAGCCAACGUCUAAUAUACCCAUUCCGGGCAAGCACAUUAGCCAAACUGAGAGAAAUCACCACAGAGCUGCAGAGCAAUCUUCUCGCUGCGGCCACUGUGCUCAACAUAGAUCUUACGGCAUCUGCUUUGGAGCGACUUGAAAUUCUAGAUAACCGUACGUCCUCACUUGUUUCGGAGUCUGCUAGUAUUAGAGGCUCUGUUAGCAAUGUGGAGCGUCAAGCGGGAGAGAUUCUCCAGGUUCAAACAGAUUCGAAAUAUCAGAAAGCUUGCGAAUGGCUGUCUGCUCCAAACCCCAUCAUCGAGUACAGCAAAGCCCUAAAAGACCACCAUCCUGGCACAAUCUCGUGGUUUGUCAACAGCGAAGAGACGUUUGAGAGCUGGAAGACCUUGUCGAGAUCCACUUACUGGAUACACGGAAAACCUGGAUGUGGGAAAACAGUGCUAAGUGCGGUCAUUAUCAGCCAUUUAAAGGAGAAUGUUUUGCCAAUAAACAAUGGCUCAUUAGCUUACUUUUUUUUCAACACCAACGACAGGCCAAAAACGAAAGUUGAAGGCCUCGUCAGGUCGCUAGCUUUUCAAUUGGCGCUGCAAACAACCAAUGGCCAGAAAGAGAUUCUAGAUCUUUACUCUAACCAUCGUGACGGUCAAAAAGAUUUAGAUCAAGCCACGCUUCAAGCAUUCUUAAAAAAUCAGCUUGCACAAGGUCCUGUCUAUUUGUUGUUUGACGCCUUAGAUGAAUGUGAAGAUGCAAGCGAACUCCUCAAUCUGAUCCAGACUAUCCUCAGCUGGCAAGUAGACCAUCUACGGAUGAUCUUUACAAGCCGGAACGAUGACUAUCUCCGAGUUUUUCUAGAUUCAUUGGUAAUGUUCGAGAUAGACAUGGGGAACGCACAUUUAAAGGCGGAUCUUGAGGUAUACAUUCGCGAAAGAGUCAAUAACGAUGAGCAACUGGGUGCUUGGUCUCCGGAUAUUCAAGAAGAAAUUAUUUCCUCUAUUGGAGAUGGAGCAGAUGGCAUGUUCCGUUGGGUUGCUCUCCAGUUAGAUGAAGUGACGAAAUGCUACACAUUGGAUGGAUUAAGAAAAACGCUUAAAUCGCUGCCACAAGAUUUGGAAAGUACUUACAUUCGUAUACUAUCAGAAAUCCCAGAGGCUAGUCAGCACGUAGUCCAACGUCUUCUGUUAUGGAUCGUCUCGGCGGAAGUCCCAUUGGAUCUUGUAGCCGCAGCAGAGACUGUCAAGCUAAAUAUUGAAGACAGUGACUUUUACUCCGAGGACAGAAGAUUAAGGAGCUCGAGAACCCUACUCAGACUGUGCCCUAGCCUUAUUACCCUGACACAAAAAGAUGAUCUAUCCGGAGUUGAAUGCCUCACUCUGGCUCACGCUUCUGUGAGGGAGUUCCUUCUUUCGGAACGCUUGAGGAAUACGCCGCUUAACUCCUACCACUUUUCCAUGGAACAGGCUUCCAUUUACGUCGCAGAGUCCUGCGUGGCGUACCUGGUGCAUGUUGCCAACACACAGCUUGAUCUGACCGAGAAUUGGUAUUGGACUACUUUCAAGAAAUUUCCGCUGUUAGAAUACGCCCGUAUUUUCUGGGAUACGCAUACCAGAAAAGUGCAAUCCGCAGACACAAAAAGAUUGAACACCCUUGUAAUCGAUUAUUUUUCAAGCAGUCUUGUUACGAAGAUUUCUGAGAGCUUUACAGCGCACAACAUGCACCCUCAUGACCUCUCACCAUUGAUUCGAAUGGCCGAGUACGGUUUGGUGAACGGCCUCCAAGGCUUCAUAGACCAAGGAGCCAACAUAAACUCCACCACCAAUGCAGGGUGGACUGCACUUUCGGUAGCCGUAUCAUCAGAAAGGCCCAUCAUUGUCCAAACGCUGCUCGAAAAUGGAGCAUCACCAAACUGUUCUGCUGGAGAUUGCAUGACCGCUUGUGGUUUGGCCGUUAGAAUGACUGUUGGGUUGUUAAUUAGCUCCAAUACUUCUAAUUGCCAUGAAAUUACAACAAAUCUUCUAAGGCAUGGGGCGGCGCUGGCACCAGGUGAGCCCAUGAGCGUGUGGCAAGAAGCGCUAGAGUACGAAGAAGCGAGUACUAUCCAAGAGCUGCUUGCUCUUAACGUUGACGCUUUGUUUCAAGCUGAUAAUAACGUCCCGUUACUCCAUUGUGCGGUAUCAAUGCACCUUCAUCGUUACCACGGCAUGGUAAGACAGGGAAGACCGGCGACUCUUGUGGCCGCUUUGGUUCGUGAUGACCUGGAAAAGGUUCGCCUUAUUUUGGAUAAUAAAACUGUUGUGGACGCUAUGGGUGAAGAUAAUAGAACUCCAUUAGUGGCAGCACUGCAUAAAGCAGCGCAGUUCGAUGGUCCUCAUCAAGGCCUUGUGAUUGAGGUUUGUGAGCUCUUGCUUGAUUCUGGGGCUGAUGUUCAUGCUCAAGAUGCUCAAGGCUGGACACCAUUACAUUGGGCUGCGGCUUACCUAAAUGAAAAUGUUGUAAGCAUGUUCCUGCGUUGUGGAGGAGGAGGGCGUUGGCUCAGUACAAGUUGCCAAACUGCACUUCACGUAGCUAUUAUCUAUGGAAACGACGAGUCGGUCAUCCGGACAUUAUUAGAAUACGACCUGCCAUUGGACAUCAUCGACGACAACGGGAAUACUGCUCUCGGGUAUGCUAUAUUGGCGUUUGAUGAACGGCCGAGCAUCGUGGAGAUGCUAGUUCAAUAUGGAGCGAACAUGGAUGAUGAGAAUUAG